AUGCGACGUCUCGAUCGCCCCGAUGUACCGAAUGAUGUUGGCGUGAUCCAAGGCUUUGGCGAUGCUCAGCUCCGAUAUGAUCUUCUUGAGCCGGCGCUGGACGCGGGACACGGCUGUGUCCUUGACCUCGACGUUGUCGCCGAGGAUGGACUUGCGGACUUCGAUCAUCUGCGCUUUGUCGAACACCUUGAUGGCCACGCGUUCACCCGACGAGUGAUCGAGGGCCGCGUACACCGUGGCUGUUGCGCCGUUGCCAAUCACCCCCUCAAAUGUGAACUAACAGACGUGACCCUCCACCGUCAGCACACCAGGAGCAUGAUAGUCUCAUCUUUACCUUCUUGA